UACCAGAAACCUCGUACGGCUUCGUUUUAAGAUAAAAAUGAACGAAGCCUUACUGAUUCCUUGGGAAAAUAUAUCAUAAAGGACAUUUGAGUAGCAAUUUUCGUUCAAUCUAUUUUAUACAAAACCAACACGGUAAAUUAGUACAAAACAAUUUUAGAGCAUGGCUGAUCCAACGAUACAAACAUUCUGUUGUCACCAUUCUAACAAAACAGAUAUGGCAAUUGUGGUAAUGCAGGAAUUCAACACGGAUGUUUACAAUACUGUUUGUAUGCUAUCUUCUUCUAUAGGCAUCCUAGGUGCAGUAUACCAGAUACUUCCAAGAGAAACGUCUAAUCUUCCUCACAGGUGGCAAAGUUUUUCUGCAUCUAGAGGAAGAGAGAUCAUUAUAUGGCUUGCAAUAGCAGAUCUCUUAGCAUCAUUGGGUGUAUUUAUUAGAUCAGCACUAUGGGUUAAUUUUAAAUCUGUAAUGCCAAUGGAAGAUGAUACUUCAAGUGUUGUUUUUUGUGCACUUUCAUCGGCUUGGACACAGUAUUUUUAUAUGGCAACAUGGAUUUGGACUCUUUGUUAUGCUAUUGACAUGAAGCUAUUGUUAGGAGAUAGGGCUGGACAUCCUAUUUGUUAUCAUGCUUUUGCAUGGAUAUGUCCAGCAAUUUUGACUACAUUUGGUUUAACUAUGUUAUAUGUACCAGAUGCAAAUUGUCAUAAUUUAUCAUUAUCCACUGCUAUACUACGUAUUUUACCAAAUUAUUGUGCUAUUUAUGUACUAUUAACAGUGGUCAUGAUAGCCAAUCCCUUAUUAUAUUUUGCGUCAACACGAGAUCUUCAAACUGUUGUUACUUGCAGUUUAGCUCAAAUAACAAGCAGAGAAAGGAAGUUGGUGCAAGGGAUAAGGCUCAAAUUCGCAUUAACUAAUUUUGUAUAUUAUAUGUGCUGGUUACCAAAUUUAAUUAAUGGGAUUUUGUUAUGGACUUUAUGGUUUCAAUUACCAAUCAAAGCUAUCAUUACUCUCUGGUAUAUAAUGGCUGUUACAAAUCCUCUUCAAGCAUUCUUCAAUGCCCUUGUUUAUAAGAGAUGGGGUAAAACAGAGAAAUUUCGACUAGAAUGCUGUCAAAAGUUAGGAAACUUUAAUUUGAGUCAUAUUACGAAAAGAGAUUCAAAUAUGCGAUUGUCGGAAUCAUCACCCUUAUUAGAUCCGAAAUUUGGGUGUCCACCACAUACAAGUAUUAACGGAUCGUCCUCGUUCUGAGAACUGUGAUACGGAUAAUUCGUUCAGUCUGUAGUAAUAUGAAUAAUGUACUGCCUUAUGUCAUUUU